GUGCUGCGUGGCACAGGGCACCGACUUUCCCUGGCUGCACCAUAAACACAUGUUGUGAACGCCCCGGCACUUGGCAGAGUCAGCGGGAGAAGCAGCCGUCGGUCCGGCCACCGCUGCCCGCUGCACACCGAGCUUGCUCUGCGUACACCCAUGGGUGUCGCUACUGAGAUCGUCUUCUGCAUUUGGAACGACUGUAGCCGCUUUGAUCGGCGCAGUUAUUUUCAGAGUCAGUCUCUCAGAGCUGUUUCCAACUGAUUGGAAACGUGCGGGCUGGUCGCGUAAUCGUGUGCGAGGAGCCGCACGGAGCGCUGCAGCAGACGCGGUGCCGGAGCAACAGCAGCAGAAGCAGGGGAUUGACGGGUGUGAUGCCAAAGCUGGCCAGAAAAACAAAGGUUCAAGUGUAGGAAGAAAAUUGUCGGCUGUUCCCUCUGGAAAGUGAUUGGGGCUGUGGUUCAACCCAGCGACAUGUAGCACCUCACUGCCCUGAGAGCCGGAUUUGGAGACCUGCCUUCUGUCCACUCAUGAUUUUUCUGUAGUCUAGUCCAGGGCAUCUGCUGCAGUCAUGUUUAGGAACAGCUUGAAGAUGCUUCUGACGGGAGGGAAGGCCAACCGCAAGAGUCGCAGCAGUGAUGGUGGGAGCGAGGAUUUGGGAGACCCCCGCCCGCCCAGUCUAGACCCUCACCUGUGCCACUUUGGCCAAGGUGGCAGCAUAGACAGCGACUGUGCCUUUGAAGGAGACUACGCCGUGCCCCCGCUCUCAAUGACUGAGGGCAUGCAGCACAUUCGCAUAAUGGAGGGCGUGUCACGCUCGCUGCCCUCCUCCCCGCUGCUCACCCACCAGACCAUCAGUGUCAGGCUACAGCCCAUGAAGAAGCUCACAGCCCCUCUGCGGAAAGCAAAGUUUGUGGAGAGCCCUCGCAUUCCACAAUCAGAGCUUGGCUCCCCUACACACACCUCCACCACUGCCAAGAAUCCAGACCUGGACACAUACUGCCCUGGGGAGUCAAGCCAGGAGCUGGGCCCCCCUCCAUCGGUGGAUGAGGCAGCCAACACAUUGAUGACGCGCCUGGGUUUCCUUCUGGGAGACAAAGUGAGUGAGGGGCCAGCCGGUACCCAGUACAGCAUGGAGGAACCUGAGGCCAGACAGGGCCAGAACCAGAGGAUCAGCCCGUGCUCCACCCUGACCAGCAGCACUGCCUCCCCCCCUGCAGGCAGCCCCUGCUCCACCCUCCCCACUGCCAUGCCCGGACAGGCUGGCAACAAGGACUGCGCCUAUGGUUCUGUUACCAGUCCCACCUCAACCCUGGAGAGCAGGGACAGCGGGAUUAUCGCCACUCUGACCAGCUAUUCCGAGAACAUGGAGCGAGGUGGUAAAUAUGGCGGCGAGGGCUCCCGGGGAAACCUGAAACUGUGGCAGUCCCAAAAAUCAGGCAUGGACUCAUUCCUGUACAGGGUUGACGAAAACAUGACCGCCUCCACCUACAGCCUCAACAAAAUCCCUGAGCGCAACCUGGAGAGCAUGUCCUCCCAUUCUGCCCACUCCAUCCCUCUGUACCUCAUGCCCCGCCCCAACUCUGUGGCUGCUACCAGUUCAGCCCACCUGGAGGACUUGGCAUACCUGGAUGAGCAAAGACACACUCCAUUACGCACCUCACUGCGCAUGCCCAGACAGAGCACCACCUGCGGGCCGGGUCGCUCUGGGCAGGACCUGAGAGUGCGAUUUGCACCCUACCGGCCUCAAGACAUCGCCCUCAAACCUCUGUUGUUUGAGGUGCCCAGCAUCACCAUGGACUCUAUCUUCACGGGCCGCGAGUGGCUCUUCCAGGAGAUCGAUGCCCACCUCAACAGCCCCAACACCGGCACCAACCAUGGCGUGGUGGUGGUGGGCAACAUCGGCUUCGGCAAGACUGCGAUCAUCUCUCGCCUGGUGGCGCUUAGCUGCCACGGCACCCGCAUGAGACAGAUUGCCUCUGACAGCCCUCAAGCCUCUCCCAAACAUGGAGAGGGGCUCCCUCUCACCCAGCCCCAGCCCACACAUGGCACCCUGGGAGGAGGCAGCUGUCCCGGCACCCCUGAGAUGAGACGGCGUCAGGAAGAAGCCAUGAGGAGGCUGGCAUCUCAGGUGGUGGCGUACCAUUACUGCCAGGCAGAUAAUGCCUACACCUGCUUGGUGCCGGAGUUUGUGCACAAUGUGGCAGCUCUGCUGUGCCGUUCGCCGCACCUCGUUGCCUACAGGGAGCAGCUGCUGAGGGAGCCGCACCUACAGAGCAUCCUGAGUCUCCGCUCUUGUGUCCAGGACCCCCUGGCCGCGUUCAGGAGGGGGGUCCUCGAGCCCCUGGAUGCACUAUACAAAGAGAGGAAGAUCAACUCUGAGGAGGACCUCAUCAUCCUCAUCGAUGGUCUGAACGAGGCAGAGUUUCACAAGCCGGACUAUGGAGACACCAUCGUGUCCUUUCUCACCAAAACCAUCCACAAGUUCCCUCACUGGCUCAAACUUGUGGUCACUGUCAGAACCACUUUGCAGGAGAUCACCAGCGGGCUACCAUUCCACCACAUUUCUCUGGACAGCCUGGAGGAGAACGACGCCAUAGACCAGGACCUGCAGGGCUACAUCCUGCACCGCAUCCACAGCAGCCCAGAGAUCCAGAACAACAUCUCUCUCAACGGCAAGAUGGACAACACUACCUUCGGCAAGCUCAGUGCCCACCUCAAGGCCCUGAGCCAGGGGUCCUACCUGUACCUCAAACUCACCUUUGACCUCAUCGAGAAGGGCUACCUUGUCCUCAAAAGCUCCAGCUAUAAGGUGGUUCCAGUCAACCUGGCAGAGGUGUACCUGCUGCAGUGCAACAUGCGCUUCCCCACGCAGUCGUCGUUCGAGCGAGCGCUUCCUCUGCUCAGUGUGGCUGUGGCCUCACUUCAUCCACUGACUGAUGAUCAGAUAUAUCAGGCCAUCAACGCUGGUUCACUACAGGGCACACUGGACUGGGAGGACUUCCAGCAGCGUGUGGACAACCUGUCGGUCUUCCUGGUGAAGAGGAGGGACGGUACCAGGAUGUUUGUUCACCCGUCCUUCAGGGAGUGGUUGAUCUGGAGAGAAGAAGGAGAGAAGACAAAGUUCCUCUGCGACCCGAGGAGUGGGCACACCCUGCUGGCCUUCUGGUUCUCUCGGCAGGAGAACAAGCUGAACAGACAGCAGACUAUUGAGCUGGGCCAUCACAUCCUCAAAGCACAUAUCUUCAAGGGUCUUAGCAAAAAAGUCGGGGUGUCCUCAUCCAUCUUGCAAGGCCUGUGGGUAUCCUACAGCACAGAGGGCCUUUCAGCAGCACUUUCUUCACUUCGAAACCUCUACACUCCCAACAUCAAGGUGAGCCGGCUACUGAUGCUGGGUGGUGCCAAUGUGAACUACCGUACGGAGGUGCUGAGCAAUGCCCCUGUGCUCUGUGUUCACUCCCACUUGGGCUACAUGGACAUGGUGGCUCUGUUGCUGGAGUUCGGGGCCUCUGUCGAUGCCCCGUCUGAGAGUGGCCUUACGCCGCUGAGUUACGCCGCUGCUGGUGGACACAUGGCCAUUGUGACUGCGCUUUGUCGCAGAAGAGCAAAGGUGGACCACCUAGAUAAAAAUGGUCAGUGUGCCCUGGUUCACGCAGCCCUGAGGGGCCAUAUGGAGGUGGUGAAGUUUCUCAUCCAGUGUGACUGGGGCAUGGGGCCGCAGCAGCAGUCUCCACAGACACAACAACAGGCGGCCUUCACAAAGAGCCAGGCAGUGCAGCAGGCCCUCAUCGCUGCAGCCAGUAUGGGAUACACAGAGAUCGUGUCCUACCUGCUGGACCUGCCAGAGAAGGAUGAAGAGGAGGUGGAGAGGGCUCAGAUCAAUAACUUUGACACCCUGUGGGGGGAGACAGCUCUGACUGCAGGGUCCGGCCGAGGGAAGCUGGAGGUUUGUCGUCUGUUACUGGAGCAGGGCGCAGCCGUGGCCCAGCCCAACAGACGAGGCGUCGUCCCACUGUUCAGCGCCGUCCGACAGGGACAUUGGCAGAUCGUGGACCUGCUCCUCACACAUGGAGCAGACAUCAACUUGGCUGACAAGCAGGGUCGAACUCCUCUAAUGAUGGCUGCCUCAGAGGGACACCUGGGAACUACUGAGUUUUUACUGGCUCAGGGAGCCUCUCUGUCUCUGAUGGAUAAGGAGGGUCUGACCGCUCUGAGCUGGGCCUGUCUGAAAGGCCAUUUACCUGUCGUUCGCUGCCUCGUGGAGAGUGGAGCCACCACUGACCACGCAGACAAGAACGGACGCACACCCCUCGACCUGGCGGCCUUCUACGGUGACUCAGAAGUGGUCCAGUUCUUGGUUGACCACGGGGCCAUGAUAGAGCAUGUAGACUACAGCGGGAUGCGUCCCCUCGAUAGGGCGGUGGGCUGCAGAAACACAUCAGUGGUGGUCGCCCUGCUCAAGAAGGGAGCCAAGAUAGGUCCAGCCACAUGGGCCAUGGCCACCUCCAAACCCGAUAUCAUGAUCAUAUUGCUCAGCAAGCUCAUCGAGGAGGGGGACAGCUUCUACAAGAAGGGGAAGGUGAAGGAGGCAGCACAACGUUAUCAGUAUGCCCUCAAGAAGUUUCCACGCGAAGGCUUCAGUGAGGACCUCAAGACAUUCAGGGAACUCAAAGUAUCGCUCUUCCUCAACCUGUCCCGAUGUCGGAGGAAAAUGAAUGACUUUGGGAUGGCUGAGGAAUUUGCUACUAAGGCACUUGAACUAAAACCUAAAUCGUAUGAGGCAUACUAUGCCAGGGCACGUGCCAAGCGUAGCAGCAGACAAUUUCCUGAAGCCCUAGAGGACCUGAAUGAAGCCAUAAAGCAGUGCCCCAACAACAGAGAGAUCCAGCGGCUGCUCCAGAGGGUGGAGGAGGAGUGUCACCAGCUCAACCAGGAGGAGCACCAGCAGCAGGACCUGGAGUUGGAGCCUCCUCCCUCCCCUCCUCCUACACCUCCCCCAGAAGAGGAGGUGUCCCUGUCCCUGUCCAUGCCUCUUCCCCCUCCCCCAGAGCCUCGUCUGGAGGACAUGGAGCCCGUCCAGGACCUGUUUGAGGAUGAGGACUACCUGGAGCAGGAGCUCGAGGCCAUGUCUAUGGGUUUGGCCCCACCCGAGUCUCUCACCAAUCCUUCCAGCCUUCCCAUCAUUCAGAGCCCACCGCUCUCCCCCACACAUCCAGAUCAGAUCUAUUUAUCUGGAGGUUCACCCAUGGGCUUGCCUUACGAAUAUCAACCCACCUCCUCCUCCAUGUCCUCUCCAACCCGUGGGUCAUACCAGCCCAUAUCGCCCUCUCUAUCCCCAACACAUCAGAACUCCCACUACCGACACAGCCCGCCUCACACCUCGCCAGUGCAUCAGCCAUCCUAUCGCUUCAGUCCACCUCCUACGGGUACUGGGGGUCAGGGGAUGGAUCACCAGAGCCCACCGCCUUCCCCUUUACGUCGGGCUGCUCAAUACAGAGCCAGUCCACCAUUAGAGAGUGUUUGCCUGUACAGGUCCCAGUCUGGGUCACCUGUGCGCUACCAGACAGAGCAGCUCCCUGGCCGGCCCAAAUCUCCCCUCUCCAAGAUGAGUAGCCAACGUUCAUUCCAGCUGAGCUCACAGCCCUCUCUGUCCUCCCAGCACCACCAAGCCCAAGGCCUUCGCCUUCAGCCUUCUAUAGCCCAAAUAGUCCGCACAAACCAGCCCAGCAGUGUGAUGGGCAACAGCAGCUAUGGUGGCCAGAUGGGCCACUCCAUUGGUGGUCGCUACCAAGGGGGGUCGGUGGAUGUGGAGAGCCGGCUGGGGCCCGCCGUGGGGAGCCGGCUGGUGUACCAGCCCUCCCUGGAUGGACGGUCCAUGCCCCAGGCCCGGCCCGGCCUCAGUUCUGGGGCCCUCUGUCAGCACGGCGGCCGAGGAGGGGUUAUGGAGUCAAGCCUGUUGAAGGAUGAACUACCCCAGCGCCCCUCCUCUGCCUACCGCGCCAGCAGUGGGGGCCCAGGGGGCAUCCGUUACAGCCAGACACCUCAGAUAAGUCGUAGCCAGUCAGCCGCCUACUACCCAGUUGCUGAACAUGUACUGGAGCGUGCCAGUGCCAUGCCCCCCUGCCAGCUGGGCUCUCCUGAGAUCCCCCAUAUGGUGAGACGCCCUGUCAGUGCCAAUACUACUGAGAUGAAGCAGCACGUGCCCACCCCCAGGCCUCUCAUCCAUUCUCAGAGCGUAGGCCUUCGAUUCUCCCCCUCCAGCAACAACAUCUCAACUGGAUCCACCGCGAAUUUAGCGCCAGGCUUCAGACCUUCGUCUUCCAUUCAGCAGAUGGAGAUCCCCCUGCAAGCCACAUAUGAGCGCACCUGUGAUGACAUCUCUCCCAUCUCUCCUUCGCAGGGCGGCGGAGGGCUGUAUCAGGGUGAGACCACCCGCUCUCGGAACACGCCCUUCAUGGGCAUCAUAGACAAGACGGCACGGACUCAGCAGUACCUGCAUCAGCCCUCACGGUCCAGGGCCAUGACUUCCAUGGACUCUGCCAUCAGCCCCACCUCACCUGGCCAGCUGGUCCAGCAAGGCUCCACCUACAGUCCCCCCACCUCACUGGGCAAUAUUGCCUACUACAACAAGACCAACAAUGCCCAAAAUGGACACCUGUUGGAGGAGGACUUCUACUCCCAGACCCAGCCCCCCUCAAUGAGCAAGCUCGCCAAUGGCUCCCGUGGCGGGGGGGACAUCCUGGAGCGGGUCAGCCAGGUGCCCACCUACCCGGAUGUGAAAGUGGCACGGACUCUGCCCGUGGCACAAGCCUACCAGGACAACAUGUACCGCCAGCUCUCACGUGAUUCUCGGACCCAAGGCCCCACCUCCCCCAUCAAACCAAAGAGACCAUUUGUGGAGUCAAAUGUGUGAUGGCCUGUCUGUGAUUGGUUGAUUGGACUGGGCUUGUUAGUAGGAGUGAGAGGAGAAAAAUAUUUAAUUCAACAGCAGAUUAUACUGACCCUCAUGUAUGUGACAUGGAUGAACUCAUUUUAAAGAAUUCAUAGGAGAGAAAACCACACAGUCGACACGCACUCACUUAGGGUACUAGACCUUACCUUAUAUGAAACGUAUGACUAACAGUGAAGCGAUUACUUCAUUAUUAUAUUCUGCACACAGGUAGGUAACAGGAGGGUCUUACAUUCUGAUCUCAUGCUGAAUUCAUUCCAAAAUGUUGUGUGGCACAAAGUUCCCACAAGUGAACACAACAGGUUGGACUGUACGAGUGAAAGUGACUCUACUUGUGGACUGAAUCCAUAUUCUUUUCUUACAACGUGUGCUCUUAACCAAGGUUGCUAGUAGGCUCUAUUCUAUGUAAUACAAUUAUAUGUUCAAUACUGUACAUUGCUCAGAAAAUACAAAUGGCUCAAAAACUCAGUACUUAGAGAAAAAUGACAAUAUUUAUAAUUAAGUUAUAUAUUGUACAUAGAAAUAAAACAAAGCAUAGUUUGCGUUUGAAUUGUAUUCUGUUAACCCUGCCUUUGUGUCCCACAGCUAGUCAUAUGGAUGUGAAAACCCAACAGGGUAGGGAAGGAGGGACACAGACCAACUUUGAAUAAUACAAUUACCUCUGCUGUAUUAAAAUUAAGUUUUUGUUUUGUCAGUAACAUGUCAGAUAUUAGUAGAAUAUGCCCAGUAUCAUUUUUGUCUGACCAGGAGUUGAAAGCCAAAAGGUGUUCAGUUUACAAUGAUGUAAAACAGAAAAUCAGUAAAGCAGUAAAUCCUUAUAUAGGAGAUUCAAGAAACAGUAAAUGUUUUAUGUUCGAAAAAAUCACUGAAACGACCAAGUGAUUAUCAAAACAAGAGCACUAAGAGAGCACAUGUACCUCCGCCAAGGCAUAACAUUCGCUAACACAAACAGGUCCCUUGUGAAAAAUGAGAUCCAGAACAACACAACAUGUGUCCUAAAAUCCAUGAUCUGGAUCUGAUCUGGAUCAUCCUUUAGGGUAUCGUAGGUGGUUUUAAUGUACAUUUCACCUGAACAUUUCGGGAUUCUAUCUUUAUUAUAGGCCAAUUUAUGGCAGAAAAGAUUCAUUAUAUUGGAUUUUCAGUGUUGACUUUAAACUUUGUGACCUUGACCUUUGACCUUUUUCAGCCAAAAUCUAAUCACUUCUAGGGUUGGUCCCCACCAAAUAUGUUAAUGAUCCAUCCGGCCGUAUGUCCAUAAUCCUGCUAACCAACACACACACAGAACCAAAAACAUAACAUUUCUUGGUGAAGGUAAUCAUUUUCAAUUAAUUUCGUGUCAACUGGUUUACAAUUUGUUGCAGUUCUAAGGUGAUAAACAUACAAUACAUAUGGAUUAAAGCUGGACCAGGAAGUGAAGGUAAAGUCUCACCUUAUGCUGUUACUGAAACACAUUUGUUAAAGCUAGAAUUCAACUAUGGGACAUCAGUCUCUACACCUAUUUUUACAUCCUUUUUUUGUUGAAAUCCCUUCGCCUCAUUUCUGAGGUUCACAUAUGUAAAAUAUGAUUCAGCAUCAUUACUGUCACGAAACUCAUGAUAUGCCUUAGUGUAAUGUUAAACCAACUGUGAAGGCUGCAAUCUUAUCAUUGCUUUCAGACAUAGUAGUCUGGCACCCUGUCAGUAAAUGCCUUUGAUCACUUGUUAAAACAAAGCAUAAACUGAUAUAGUUUUAUAAAAAACUCCUAUGAUGAUUGUUCUGCAGAAUUCAUCACUCAUGUUUUGAGGACGCACUGCUGUAUUAGACAAAAAAAAUUAGGGCUUGAGUGCAAUAGAUUAAAGUUUGAAUAUCUGGCUACAGAAAUUUAAAGUCAGCGUUAGCUGAAUGAUGCUAUUCAAAUGAUAAUCUAAAGUUUGCCUUUGUCCCUCCUCCAUAUAUGAUGGUGACAGUACGCUCCUGAGAGAGAGUAGAACAUAAAGUACAUAUGCUAGUGAUGGGUUAACAUGGCUAGUGCUCAGCGGCUAAAAGCAAGCAAAUGCAUACACAACGUUUCCCUUUCUCCUACAUUAUUUUGUCAUUACUUUUUACCCAUAAUGCAUUUUUAUUCUGCCACUUCUGCACUAAAAAUGUCUGUUAAUUUCUUAACUAAGGGUGCACUUUAUGUAUUUUACUUACUUUGCUGUUAUGAUUGUUGAAUUUGGAGAAAGUGGGUGUGUGAUGCGUCAGACUUCUGACCAAUGAUGCCAGACUAUCAUAGACACUUAUUUUAUGAUUUACAAAGCAGUGAUGAAUGACAAUAUGAAGAGCAAACAAUGUUUUUAAACAGGUGAAGAUGUAUAGACUUUCUAGCACAAGUUGUAUAUACUAGCUCAGAUAUUCCACUCCGUCUAGCUCGGGUCUGUUCAAGUCUGCUUCAGGAGGCCAGUCACGUUUAAGUAUUCAUAAAAAUUAUCCAUUAAAGUCCUCAAGCUCUAAACCAACCAGCUGAAUCCACUGGUCUUGCACACAUCUUGAAAAUAAGUUGAAUCUACUGCAAAAAUAAAUAAAUAAGACUUAAGUGUCAGUAUACAGAAACUCCUAAUCUGGAGUUUGGGUGAUAGAGAAAGUGGAGUCUUGAGAAAAUUCAAGUAAUUUGUAUAUGUGGGAAAAGUUAUAGACAAUUUGUCUGUAACAUUUGAUUUUGGUUCUGUGAUAAAAUAUCUAGAGAGACAGUUUGUCCUGACCGUCUCCUGCCUCAUCCUCAGUUUCACCUGCUACCAGAGUUGCCCUAAUUAUCUUUACAGAAAUGAAGGUAUAAACUGUAUUAUACUUAAUUUAAACAAGACUUUUAAGUUGAGGAUAUCUGAGGGUGUAUGGUUUCAAACUGUCUUUGUAUAUUGGUUUAAUGUAAAUAGUCUGAUGCAUGUUCUAUUCUUUCCAUGAGCUCAAGCAGAAACAUGUAUAGAGUGUCCUGACUCUGGUGUGUGAUACAGUGUUUGGAUUAAGAUAAGGAGCCUGCUGUUCCUGAACUGACCUUGUCAUCUUCCUUUAACCUCACCAGACAAAAGCGAAAGGUUCUUUUAUUUUAUUUUAAUGUAUUUGCUUGCUGAGCAGAGUUCUCUUGUCUGUAAAUGUGAGCUUUCAGAUCGCUGUGAUAAAAAGUUUAAUAAAAAACAAUAAAAAAGAA